GCAGCAAGGAACGAAGAGUCUGUCGUUACCGUGGCGAUGCCUGGUGGUCUUUGCAAGAAAGUUACAUCUCAAAACCCAGGAGAAUAUUUAAGACACGUGAAUGCUUUGCUGGAAUGGAAGAGAUGGGUAUGGGCGAGUUCUGAAGAGAGAUUAGCACUUAUCGACGACAGGAGACAAGAGAUUUCCAAUAGCGAAGUCCAGGCCGAGCUUUUGCGGAUUCGAAACUUGACAUAUAUCCUAGAUGCUUACAAUCAGGGAUCCGAAAGGCAGUCAAACGCUUUUACUGAAAACCAAGGUAAAGAGGGAGACACAACACCUUGUGCAGAGAUUAAUCGCAACGGUCACACCCUGGAGCACUCCGAUCAAACACGUAACGGAAACCUCACCAAAGAGGACAUUGCGAAGGCGUUACAUGCUACUGCUAUGACGGUAUGUGAUAUAGAAGGACUGCUUGAGAAUCAGUGA